AUGAUUAAGCCAAAGAAGUCUUCACGUGAACUCUGGAAUCAAUUGGGUUUACGCAAUCAUAUUAAACAAGCCUUUGAAGAAAAGGAAUCUACUUGGGGUUAGAUCGUUGAUUCCAAUAAGAAGAAUCUAAGCCAAAGAUCAAUCUCAGAAUACACAAUCACCUAAAAAUUAAAAGAACAACACAAUUCCUUCAUCAAAAAUAAGGAGAAACCUAAUACCAAGACUUUUUUAGAAGAUUAAAUCGAAAAAGGAAUUUAGGAUAAAGAUGAAUGGCUGCAAUUGGCAUCAAUAAAUGAAAGAUCUCAUCCUUUUCACCUAUAACCAAAAGGAACUCUAAUGAUCAAACCUUUUCUCCCAUAAAUAGAUUGA